AUGAGUAUCCCCUCGCCAGUCGCCGAUGACGCCGCAUCGGAGCACUAUAUUGUCAAAGCAGACGAAGUUGAUCAGACCGGCACCGAUAUCUCCCCUCUGCCCGACGACCAAUUAAUGGAGGAGGUCGCUGAGGCGAGCCCGAGAAAGUCUAUCGACGGCCUGAAUUGCGACGAGAUGGGUCCGCACCUCCUCCGCCGUUACAACCCCCCUCCCGCCCCAGUCCAGCAGAAUGCAGAGCGACCGUCGGACUCCCUGAGCCUAGCCCAGCUUCGGAAAUUAGUGCAAGAGAUGCCCAAGGUGGAACAGCCGGCAUAUGCGUUUGAAUAUGCAGAUUCCCAGCCAUUCCCAGAUGAACUGGAAGAAUGGUUCCAGUACAACGAGUUCGACCGUGUUAUGUUGAUGGGCAUGAAGUCAACCUUUGAUCGACAAUGGGCCACCUUCUGCAAGCAACAUACCCCCGAGUCCAGUGAACCGACAUGGAUAGAAACUUCUGAGGGCCUACGCCGAGACUUCGUCGUUCGAGCACUGGAGCACCUCCAACAUGCUGAUGUUUCUGUACGUCUGGAGGCGCUUGAGAAUAUCUGCUAUGCCGUGACUGGUGUAUGGGGUAUCACGGCAGGGCGGGUUGCAUCGCACUAUCACUCAAGCCCAAGUUCCCAGGAAACGGCGGAAACACCCCAAUCAAAGUCGCUACAGAUUGCGUGGAUUGUGCAGAACGUGUCACUUGUCCAAGAAUGCUCGGGAAUUCCACUCCUGGUUGCAAGAUUGGAUCAAUUAUUUGAUAAGAAUCGAUUCUCACUAGGAUCCGAUCCAGAUGGGAUUGAGUUUGAGCGACUUAGCCCCGGUGAUAUAUCUGUGCCGGAGCGCGAAGCCAACUUAGUCCUUACUCUACUCUACUUCACCAUCGAAGUUGGCCGCAGACAAGAGACUCAGAAUCCCCAAAAUACCUCAAUUCGCGAUGCACUUGCCCAGUCAAGACCGAAUUUGCUGGUCACCAUUGUUGAGAUUAUUGCGCGGCUGAGAUGGGACGAGUCCGCCAACAUACCUCUAACUAGAAUUAUUCUUCUUCUGUGGAAGUCGAUUCUCCUUGUAUUUGGUGGCACCGAUCAAUUAAAGAGAGCGAAGGAGGUUUUGGAACCAGGUCUCGUCUCCGAAGAUGAUACUGCGAAUCGCAGAACACCGUUCCUGACUGCUAAACCCCUCGAUUAUCACCUUUUCCGCCAGGAAAUUACUUCCAAAUAUCCCGCCUACAAUCCGCCUCCUCCUAUUGUUCCACUUGAGCUCGAGAACAAUUCGAUUCUACCGCCCCUUCCACAACAUCCCAGUAGGGCAAAUUCUUCCAGUGGUCUUUUCUGCGGAGUUGGCCCCUCGAUUGCCGGUGGAAACGGGUCUAUUCUCCAACAGGCAGUUCACAUUGCAACGCCAGCACCAUCUCCACCGCCAACUCCAAUUGGACCAGGGGGAAAGGCUGGCAAGAAACAAAAUUACCAGACAAACCAAAAUUUCCCGCUGAUGUAUCCCCCUUUAGAUGGUACGAGCAAUAAUAUUGGUGGGAAAGGCACUACGGAACGACAGGAUAUCCUGGUUGGGAAACGAUGGGAGGGCAGCGAUGUCCCCGCAUCAAUCAUCGAAGCUGGAAAGCUUUUCUCUACUCAUGUGAAGAUGACCCGCGCAAUGCAGCAAUUAUGGGACGAACGCGAGAAUUUUAUGAAGUACGACCGGGGUUGGAACUUUGAAGUCCAGCCGGUGCCUGAUUUUUCGCCUCUUGAUGACACAACUGAAACUUUCAAAAAUUUGCAUUUGUCAGACAGCACGGGCUCAUCCCAACCAAAGACGCCUGUACGAGAAACGGAUGAUGCGGAUGUGCAACGACGGCUGGAUUCCAUUGAAGAGUUUUAUUCGAUCACCAUCGUUUUCCUGAAGAUCAUUUUGACAAACGUCAGUGCCGUGGUUAACCAGGCAAAUUCCCAGAGCGCUCUUGGUCAAAGCGCCCAAAGCGUCAUCAGUAACGGCCACGGCCUCAAUGGGGCCUCAGCAGAUUUCUUUCCUGAUACCUCCAUCGAUGAGCUCGACAAUGUUCGACUAAGGGAAAUCACUGGUAAAGCCGUAUCUGGAACUUUACUUCUCCUACUGAAGUGGUUCAAAAGAUCUCAUGUUCUUAAAUUUGAAUAUAUGACGCAGCUACUCCUUGAUUCGAAUUAUUUGCCAUUGAUCUUGAAGAUGUUCGCCCAUCAGGAUGUGGACCAGGCUGUGGCACAGAAUAAUGACCGCAAAGAUCUAUCAUUUUUCAACUUCUGCAGUCAACAUUCGGAGUUUCCUGCUAGGGCGGACGACGCAGCUGGAGACACGGAAAGCGAGGACGAAGCUGUCCCACCGCCAAUCUCACGCCAUCGUCCCAAUCCUGAUUCUGUACAUGGUCUUUCUUCUGAGGAUUCCAUCGCAGACAUUCUCGAUUGUCCAACUCGUCCGGAGGUCGACGAACUAGGCUAUCCAACCGCCCCUCUCCCCAAGGAGCCCAUUACGAUCUUUUCAUUCCGCAAUUUCUUCUCCGCAAUCAACUAUCUUCACAUUAUGCAGAAGAUUACACGCGAUAAGGCCCACCGCUGCCUCCUUCUUGUGCAAUACAAAUCAAGCACAAUCCUCCGAAAGGGACUCAAAAUCCCGGACCCCCACCUCCGCUUCUACACUCUCAAACUCUUCAAAUCGCAGGUCCCGUACUGCGGUCGCAAAUGGCGCCAAAGUAACAUGCGUGUCAUCACGGCUAUUUACCUAUACUGUCGACCAGAGCUGCGUGACGACUGGCUCGCUGGUUCAGACGUUGAUGCUGAAGUUGAAGAAGCCCUACCCCUUGAGCAGGCUCUUCGUGGGCUGACGCACUGGUGGCAUCUACGUCAAUACAAGGACGUGAUGGGCGGUCCGGAAGGCGCAUCCAUGAUGGAAGAAGAGCGUGAUUUCUUCGUCCGCGAAUUAGAAUCGAUGGGCUGGGGUUUCGCUGAAGAAAUGCCCGACGAAGAGACAGACUUCAGCAAUCAUGUUGUGAACGGGACGGAGUGGGACGGUUCGAUCCAGGAGGGCUGGUCAGCAUAG